CUGGAACGCCUCACGCGAACAGAGUAUCGAGACCCGGCGACAGAGGAAUUGAACUCCCCACCGCUCACCAACCACGCAAUUGUGCACCGAGGCACUGUUCUUGCGACUUGAGAAUAUUCUGGUUGUCUCGAGUCUCCCACAUACGCCCACGCGCCUGCCUCGGAUCGAUCGCAAAUCUCUCCAUAGCACUAAGCAAUUCUUUUGCUUCCUUGUUACCGUCACAAUGGCUGCCGUUUCAGCCUCCCUUCUCCCUCGACUCUCUGCCCCGACCCUCGCUGCCUCAUCGCGAUGGGCGACUCUCUCCUUCCGCCAGUUCUCCCAGAAGCUCUUCCCCACUCUGUCGAUUGCGAUUCCCGGCCUAUCGCUGAACUUACCGACUAUCGAUGAUAUCUGGGAAGGCCUCUUGCGGGCUGUGCCAAAAAACAAGGUCUCCCACUCAAGAAAGAGACACAGACAGAUGGCUGGAAAGGCGCUGGAGGAUGUGAACCAUCUUUGCCGGUGUCCCGGUUGCGGCGAGAUCAAGCGAACACACCGAUUAUGCCAAACCUGCCUGGAAGAGAUGAAAAGAAUCUGGCGCCAGGAUUACCCGAAAGAAAAGCCCUUCUAAGCGGGAGAAGGAGAGAGACGUCGAGGUUCUACCAACAGCUGUAUUAAACAGUCUGUAUAAUCUCCACGGGAUCGUGCAUACCAUGGGCGUUUGGGCUCUUUUGGGCCUUGUAUGAAUACUGUCAAAACAAAAACCAACUGAUGACUACCAAAAA